UUGUAUUAUCUCCCUUAGAUAAGUUCUCUUCAAUUAAAGAUAAAUAACAAUCAUGGAUGAAAACACACCACACGUGCAAGCUAAAUUUUUCACCAAACAAACUCAAUAUUCUGUUCCUGAUACUCCAUUUUCUGUUCCUGUAACAGUUGGUGUUGAAGAAUUAUCCUCUCUUAUAAAUGGACUUUUAAAAGGUGAUGAAAUUGAAGAUGAAUCUGUUAAGUUUGAUUUUUUGAUAAAUGAAGAAUUUUUGAGAGUAGCAUUAAAUGAAUACCUGGAACAAAGAAAUAUCUCUACUGAAAAUGUUUUAGAAAUAGAAUAUAUAGAGCAUCAUCCAGCUCCAAAACCUGAUAAUUCACUUCUACAUGAUGACUGGGUCAGCUGUUUACAAGGUUAUAGUCAAUAUGUUUUAUCUGGUUGUUAUGACAAUACAAUACGACUAUGGAAGACGGAUGGGACUGAGUUAAUGACAAUACCUGCUCAUACUGGACCUGUAAAAGCUGUAAAAUGGAUAACACAAGAUGAAGAAGACACAUCACCAUUAUUUAUCAGUGGAUCACAUGACCAGACAAUCCAUAUAUGGCAAUGGAACCAAGAAAAGAAAGAAGUAGAUUGUAUGGUGACCUGUAGAGGUCAUACAGAAAGUGUUGAUUGUCUUGCAAUAAACAAUGAAAAUCAAAGGUUUUGUAGUGGUUCAUGGGAUAAAAUGUUAAAGAUCUGGUCAACAGCUUCUGCUUCUGAACAAGAUGAACAAGAAGACAGUACAUCAACACAGAAAAAACGGAAGAAAACAGAUCAAAUUAUUCCAACUAGGGUACCUAUCGUUACAAUGUCUGGUCAUAAAGAAGCUAUAUCAUCAGUAAAAUGGUUAAAUUUAACAGAUGUAUGUACAGCAUCCUGGGAUAAUACACUACGUAUCUGGGAUGUUAACAGAGCUCUAGAAAAAUCACAAUUGCAAGGACCAAAAGCUUUUUUUGAUAUAUCAUAUUCACCUUCAAAUGGAAUGGUUAUAGCAGGUGGUUCAGACAGACACAUACGACUUUAUGAUCCACGAUCAACAGAUGGUGCAGUUGUUAAAUGUGCAUUCACAUCUCAUAAAUUAUGGAUAGUAGGUGUGGCCUGGUCGUCAACCAAUGAUAAUCAUUUUAUAUCUGGAUCACAUGAUGGUAUUGUUAAAUUAUGGGAUAGAAGAAGCCCCAAAGCUCCGCUUUAUGAUAUGACUGGUCAUGAAGAUAAAAUACUAGCAGUUGAUUGGUCAAUACCAGAUUUAAUGAUGUCAUCAGGAGCAGAUAAUAAUAUAAAGAUAUACAGUUAUUCACAUCAUAAAAACAUUUCAUCUUAAAGUUUUAAUAUUUCAAUAAAAACCAUAGAAAAUCAA